AGUUGACAGCUGGAAGGCGGUGGAGCUUCGCGGCACAGCAAACUUUCGUUUUUUUCGUGUGGGCUUUGCUUUGACGUUUUACGCGCCAGCUACAGGAACAUUCUGUUCGUGAGUGCGCGCGGAGAGCAUUCACCUCUUCAUUUAUUAAUUUCUUUUGUUUUAUUUUAUCAGCAUCAUUCUUUAAAUAAAGCAUAUAUGCUGCCAGUACGUAAGUGGAUAACUGUCGCCGGUUCCUGAUACAAGGGUGAAAAGAGCACAAUCCAUCUCAGAGGACAAUAAUCUUUUGGAAGAAAAGUAUAUUGCAUUUUUAAUGCGUAUGCUUCAAAUAAUUUAAGAUAACUUUGCGUGUACAUCCUCUAGUCUAGAGGAUAAAAUGACUUUUUACCUCGUCUAUAAAGACAAAAAGCAGCAUUUGUCUGAUUUAAAGGAAGUGAUGAUAUAAUAUCUUUUUAUUAUAUACUGUGAAUAUUUCAACAAUGCCAACUUGGCUUGAUACAGAAUCUUUGUAUGGUGGACUUCUAACCAGGCAGAAGAAACAUGGCUCUCUAUCCCUAAGCGAUCAUCAGUUGUGCCUAUUUUUCUUCAUGACACGUGGAUGGAUAUAGAUAUUUUGUCACUGCAGUCACCAUCCGUUUCCUACAUAUAUCAGUGACAUUCUAGGUCUCAGAGAAUGAACUGUCCAAGAAAGAAGAGGCCCAUUAAAGAUGAGGAUUUCUCUGCCAUCGUGGUGCCCUCCAUGAGGGGUCAUGGUUACUUGGAUUACACGGUUGAAAGUCAUCCCUCUAGAGCCAUGCAGGUCAUGGAUGAGUUCCGGCAUCAUGAAUUGCUCUGUGAUCUGGUUCUACAUGUGAUGUACAAGGACAAGAUAGUGGAUUUUAAGGUGCACAAACUGGUGCUGGCUGCCUGCAGUCCUUACUUCAAAGCCAUGUUCACCAGUAACUUCAAGGAAUGCCACGCCUCGGAGGUCACCCUGCGAGACGCGUGUCCUCAGGUCAUCAGCCGCCUCAUUGACUAUGCCUACACCUCUCGCAUUACAGUGGGCGAGAAGUGCGUUCUUCACGUCCUCUUGACAGCGAUGCGCUAUCAGAUGGAAGAAGUGGCCAAAGCAUGUUGCGAUUUCCUCACAAAGAACCUGGAGCCGUCUAACGUCAUAGGCAUCUCGAGAUUUGCAGAGGAGAUCGGCUGCACCGAGCUGCACCUUCGCACAAGAGAGUAUAUCAACACUCACUUCAAUGAGGUAACCAAAGAGGAGGAGUUCUUCAGUUUGUCCCAUUGCCAGCUGCUAGAGUUGAUCAGUCAGGACAGUCUAAAGGUGCUCUGCGAAUCCGAGGUCUACAAGGCCUGCAUUGACUGGGUCCGCUGGGAUGCGGAGGGCCGGGCGCAGUACUUUCAUGCCCUCCUCAACGCGGUCCACAUCUAUGCCCUGCCGCCCACAUUCCUCAAAAGGCAACUGCAGUCCUGCCCCAUCCUCAGCAAGGCCAACUCCUGCAAGGACUUCCUGUCCAAGAUCUUCCAGGACAUGGCUCUUCGAAAAUCCCUGCCGCCCCCUCCUCAUCGUGGGACGCAACUCAUCUACAUAGCGGGAGGGUACAGGCAACACUCUCUGGACUCUCUGGAAGCCUUCGACCCACGGAAGAAUGUCUGGCUGAAGCUAUCUGACAUGGGAUCUCCCUGUAGCGGGCUAGGGGCUUGCGUGUUGUUCGGGCUCAUUUAUACGGUCGGGGGACGGAAUCUCUCUCUGCAGAACAACACGGAGUCUGGAUUUUUGUCCUGCUACAACCCCAUGACUAACCAGUGGACCCAGCUGGCUCCGCUCAACACGCCCAGAAACCGAGUGGGUGUCGGGGUCAUUGACGGAAGCAUUUAUGCCGUAGGGGGUUCACAUGCCUCUACACAUCAUAACAGCGUUGAGAGGUAUGACCCAGAGACAAACCGCUGGACAUUUGUGGCCCCUAUGUCAGUAGCGCGACUGGGGGCCGGUGUCGUCAUGUGUGGGGGGAGCCUGUAUGUGGUGGGGGGGUUCGACGGGGACAACCGAUGGAACACGGUGGAGCGCUAUCAACCAGACACGAACACCUGGCAGCAAGUCGCACCUAUGAACACAGUUCGGAGCGGCCUUGGGGUGGUGUGUAUGGAUAACUACCUCUAUGCAGUUGGUGGCUACGAUGGUCAAACCCAACUCAAAACGAUGGAGAGAUAUAACAUCGCUCGAGAUGUGUGGGAACCCAUGGCCUCAAUGAACCACUGCCGCAGUGCACAUGGAGUCACAGUCUACCAAUGCAAGAUAUACGUGUUAGGUGGAUUCAAUCAAGGGGGUUUCUUGUCCAGUGUGGAGUGCUACUGUCCAGGCAGUAAUGUAUGGACGUUUGUAACAGAUAUGCCUGUUGGGCGCAGUGGAAUGGGUGUUGCUGUAACCAUGGAACCAUGUCCUGGAAUCCUGCCAGAGGAUGAAGAGGAUGAGGAGGAGAUGUAAUGUGGAAAUUUGACCUGUGAACAUGUGCCAUGUUGAAGACAGCACAUGCUGGAUUUCCUUCAAAUUUGUUUUUGCAUGUGAUGCCAAUAAGAACAUUUCCAUGUCAUUUUAGGUUAAUUAAGUUUAAUUUGAUAAAUCUCCAUCCACUACAAAGCGUGUGUGAUUUAGAGAAAGAAACAUGGCUAAUCACUGGACUAAUGAUCACUGUAUCAGGACUAAAAGAAUAUGACUGAGAAACGCACAAUCUUUUUGUCAAACUGCUGAACACGUAAUUUUGUGAGCUUGUUCUAAAAUGCUUUUCAUGUCUGUAACUGCACUGUUUAAUGUGCACACCUUAUAAAACACUUAAAUCUGA